AUGAAAGUGGCAGAUGAGCCUGCUUACCUAACAGUGGGAACUGAUGUCAGUGCCAAGUACCAUGGACCCUUUUGUGAGGUAAAGAUCAAGACCGUGAAAAGGCUGGUGAAAGUUAAGGCACUUCAGAAACAGGAUAACAGACAGUUGGUGCAAGAUGAUCUAGUAAAGGGCCCUAUAAGAGUUGGAGCUCUUGUUGAAACAAGGACAUCUGAUGAUGGAUCCUUCCAGGAAGCUAUUAUCAGUAAGUUGACAGACGCUAGCUGGUAUACCAUGGUGUUUGAUGAUGGUAAUGAGAAAACUCUGAGGAGUACCUCGCUUUGCCUGAAAGGGGAAAGACAUUUUGCCGAGAGUGAGACCCUUGACCAGCUUCCCUUAACAAACCCAGAACAUUUUGGAACGCCAGUCAUUGCAAAGACGACAAACAGAGAGAGGAUGUCUUCACUUCCUAGCAGUGAGGAUGAGAAGGAAAAAGAAAGCAGUGAAGAGGAGGACGAGGAUAAGCGGCGUCUCAACGAAGAACUGUUAGGUAAAGUUGUGAGUGUGCCGUCCAUGGCGGAGAGCUGUGAAUGCUGCCCUGCUUUAGUCCUCUCUCCCAGUUGCAAUGAUGACGUCACAGUGAAAAAGGAUCAGUGUUUAGUUCGCUCAUUUAUUGAUUCUGAAUUUUACUCUAUAGCAAGAAAGGACAUUAUGGAACUAAACAUCCUCAGUCUACCAGAAUCUGAGCUCUGUGCAAAGCCAGAGCUGUGCAGAGCAAGUGUCUUCCUAAAGGCUAGAACCAUUCCUGAUAACUGGAAAAUGGAUAUAAGUGAAAUCCUUGAGCCAUCCAGCAGUGAUGAUAAGGAGUGCCCAGCUGAGGAAAAUGAAGAGGAGAAGGAAAAGGAGGCCAAAAAGGAGGAAGAAGAGCAGCCGGAGGAGGAACCUGAUCCUGAAGAGAGGGACAACUUUCUCCAACAGCUUUAUAAGUUUAUGGAAGACAGAGGCACUCCCAUCAACAAACCACUUGUUUUGGACUAUAAAGACCUCAAUCUCUUCAAACUCUUCAGACUGGUCUACCAUCAGGGGGGAUAUGACAAUAUUGAUAGUGAUGUUGUAUGGAAGCAAAUUUAUAUGGACCUUGGCAUUCCAGUUUUGAAUUCAGCUGUUUCCUACAAUGUAAAAACUGCUUAUAGAAAGUAUCUCUAUGGUUUUGAGGAGUACUGCCGCUCUGCAAAUAUUCAGUUCAGAACUAUUCACCACCAUGAACCAAAAGUGAAAGUGGAAAAAAAAGACUUUGAAGAAUCAAUGGAAGAGGCUCUAAAGGUGGACCAGGAAAUGCCAUUAAUGAAAGUGAAGAGUGAGCCUGAGAAUAAUACUGAUUCAAACAGUGAAAGUGACAGAGAAGACAUAGAAUUAAAGUCUCCAAGAGGGCAAAGGAAAGUUGUUCAAGAUGAAAAUUCUAUUAAAAAGGAAAUAGAUGAAGAGAAAAUAGAAGACCAAUUCAUGAAAGGUGAUAUAGAAAAUAAGGAUGACGGUGAUAACUAUGAAACAGCAGAGAAAAAAGAAAAUGAACUGCUAUUUGGGAGAAACAGUACAUCAGAGCACACAGAGAAGAAAAUUAACAAGCAAGAGGAUUCUGAGAAAGAGUCAGAUGAAGAGGAAGAGAAAAGACAAGAAAUGGAAGAAACUGAAAGCAAAUGUGACUCAGAAGGGGAGGAAGAUGAAGACAACACAGAGCCCUGCCUGACAGGAACCAAAGUGGAAGUGAAGUAUGGACUAGGAGAAACUCAGAAAAUGUAUGAAGCCCGCAUUAAAAACACAGAGAUGGGUGAUGGGGAGAUUCUGUACUUGGUGCAUUAUUAUGGAUGGAAUGUCAGAUAUGAUGAAUGGGUAAAGGCUGACAGGAUAAUCUGGCCCUUGGAGAAAGGUGGACCAAAGAAAAAACAAAAGAACAAAGUUGAGAGUAAAGAAGAUAGUGAAAAAGAUGAGAAGAGGGAUGAAGAGAGGCAGAAGUCCAAAUGGGGAAGACUUCCUUUAAAAUUCACCUUUUCAUCAAACAUGCCAUACAGUUUGUCAAAGACGUCAAACAGUGAAGGGAAAUCAGACACUUGUUCAUCUGAAAGUGAAACAGAAGACCCUUUGGAGGAGAGCUCGAUAAGUGAAGAACUUUCUCCUGAUAUUAAAGAAGAAUUAGAAAACAGUGAAAGUUUAAAUGAUGAUAAACUAGAUGAAGAAAACCCAAAAACUGUACAUAUAUUAAAAGAAAACGACAGGACUCAGAUGCUGCCCUUGGAGGCCCUGAAGGCAGAGGGGGAAGACAGUGAUCAAACAGUACAUGUCUUUGGAAAUGAAGUGGAUCAAGCAGAAGAAGUUAAGAGACAGGUGGAAGAGUCUCCUGAAGAAAAGGGAAGGCAGAGCAAGACCGAAGACCUUUCCUUAGAAAUUAUAAAGAUUUCAUCAUUCAGCCAGGAAAAGGCAGGCAGCGAAGCACAUGGGGACACCCAUAUCCUGGAGUUUUCUUCACUAGACUCUAAAAACUUUUCUUCUAUUGAAGAUGAAGUCGACCAAUAUGAGAAAGAAAAGAAGUUGAAACGGAAAAUACUGGCACAGACAUCACCAGAGAAAAAAAUAAAACUUGAGAAUGGAAUGGAAGCAACAGCGGGCACAGCCCAAGAAAGGACCAACGAUGGCGUCGGAGCUGAGGGCACGAGAGGCUCACACUUGGAGCAGCACAUUGAACAUGAAGGGAUGCCGUCGCUGAGAGCAGACCCAGACCAGGGCAUCCAAGAACUAAUCAGUGAACAGAUGGACAGUCCAUCUGAAGAACCUGUCCACACUCCACUCAAAGAGGAGGAUGUGAUGCUUUUGAUCGUGCCUGAAACCUUGGUUUUCCAUGAGGUAGACUUGGAUGAUUUGGAUGAGAAGGAUAAGACCAGUCUUGAGGAUGUGGUAGUUGAAGGUUCCGAGUCUAACUCUCUGGUUUCUGUUCCGCCUGCCCUACCUCCUGUAGCACAGCAUAACUUUUCAGUAGCUUCGCCACUUACUCUCAGCCAAGACGAGUCCCGAAGUAUAAAGAGUGAGAGCGAUAUAACCAUUGAAGUUGAUAGCAUUGCCGAAAAAUCUCAAGAAGGCCUCUGUGAGAGGGAAGCAGCAAACGGGUUUGAAGCCAGCGUUGCGCCUGGUACCUGUAGUAUAAUUGUACAAGAGAGAAGAGAGAGCAGAGGGAAGGGUCAGAAAAGGCCAAGGGAUCGAAAUGGUGGAUUAAAGGCAAAAAGGCGAAAGCGAACCUCAAAGCGAAAAAGUGCUGCAGCCAAACGUGAAAAGAAAGGAGCAGGACAAAGCAAUGACAGUGAGGAUCAUCCCACUGUAGACAGCUCAAGCAAAUGCACACCAGUGAAGCGCCUUAGUCUGCCCAAGUCACAGAAGCUGCCUCGUUCUCGUGCAAGAAUCUCACCUCACAUCAAAGAUGGAGAGAAAGAGGAGCACAGAGAAAAGCACCCAAAUUCAUUCCCUAAGACAUAUAAGUGGAGCUUCCAACUCAAUGAAUUAGAUAAUAUGAACAGUACAGAGAGAAUCUCUUUUCUCCAAGAAAAACUACAGGAAAUCAGAAAACGCUACAUGUGUUUGAAGUCUGAAGUUGCAACCAUCGACAGAAUGAGGAAACAACUGAAAAACAAAGACAGAAAAGUGCCUCAUACAAGAGCCUCUCUGUCAUCUGCUUCAUCAGACACUGCAAUGAGUCGCUGUUAAUCCUCUUCUCCCCAAAAUGUAAUUGCUGUAGAGUGCAGGUGA